GGGCUUCAAAUCGGCAUUAUUAGUUAACCGGAUAAUCGUUAUCAUCCUUACCCAGCAGCGAUGAUCACAAGUUUUCGAGUCCAUGAACUGCUGACUUGCCUCAGGAACUCCUAGACGCGCUUCCUGCUUGGAUGCGACUCCCUUCCUGUAGGUUUUAACCCCAGGAUAUGGAAACAAGGACACGAUCGGGCAUGAAAUGGAACGAACCAGUAAACGAACGUGACGUCUGUUUUUCUCGUGUCUGAGCCUCUCGGGCUGGAUCGUGGUUCUGAUAAAUAAAGCGACUGAAGAGGAAUUCUUUUUCUGCCUGUAUAAAACACUAACGUUCGUGUCACUGAGGGCUGGAUGGAAAAAUCAAGCAGAGUGACCGAGUGUGAGACGUCAGCCAUGUCCGCAGCAGGAGUGAUCGAUCCAGUUGGAGACGCGAGUGUCCUUCAGUCCUGCGCUACAGCCGACAGCGUCGCUUCUUUAGACGACCCCACCGCCGACGCCACAGCCAAUGAAUCAUCAGAGGAGGAAUGUCCCGGAGAGCGAGAGGAGGAGGAGUUGAACACACACGAGGUGGAAUCAGACCCGGUCCCACCGACCCCCGGUUCGGCUCUGUGGACGUGGCAGAGGGACGGAGAGGUAAAGCUGAGGAUGGGCGAGUCCGGGCCGGAGGCCGAAACGCCGCUCACGGUGAACCAGAUGUUCACGCGGGCCGUGGAGCGAUACGGCAAGCAGACGGCGCUCGGCUGGAAGGAGGGCGAGCAGUGGAGGAAGAUCAACUACACGGAAUAUUACGCAAUGUGCCGCGCGGCUGCCAAAAGCUUCCUCAAGCUCGGGCUGGAGCGCUGCCAUGGAGUCGGUAUCCUGGGCUUUAACUCCCUCGAGUGGUUCAUCGCCGACGUCGGAGCUAUUUUAGCAGGAGGCUUCGCCGUGGGCAUCUACACCACCAACUCCCCCGAGGCGUGCCAGUACGUGGCCGAGAACUGCCAGGCCAACGUCAUCGUGGUGGAGAAUCACAAGCAGCUCCAGAAGAUCCUGCAGAUUCAGGACAAGCUGCCGCACCUGAAGGCCAUCGUCCAGUACAAAGACGCUCUCAAAGAGAAGAAACCCAACCUGUACACGUGGGCGGAGUUCAUGGAGCUGGGGCGGGACGAGCCGGACGCUCCGCUCGACGACGUCAUCGCGUCCCAGAAACCCAACCAGUGCUGCACGUUGAUCUACACGUCGGGAACCACCGGGCAGCCGAAGGGAGUCAUGCUGAGUCACGACAACUUGACAUGGACGGCGUUUUCCACGACUCAGACCAUCCACCUCUCGGAAGCUGACCAGUCUCAGGAGGUGGUGGUGAGCUACCUGCCCCUCAGCCACAUCGCCGCCCAGAUGGUCGACAUCUGGAUCACCAUGAGAGUCGGAGGAGCCGCGUACUUCGCCCAGCCCGAUGCCCUCAAGGGUUCGUUGGUGAACACCCUGUGUGAGGUGCGUCCCACGGCGUUCCUCGGCGUUCCUCGGGUCUGGGAGAAGAUGCAGGAGAAAAUGAAGGCGGUCGGCGCCAAAUCGUCCACCAUGCGCAGAAAAGUGGCGGCGUGGGCCAAAGACGUCGGCUUGAACACCAACCUGGCCAAGAUGGAGCAAAAUGGCAUGACGCCGCGCAAUCCCAUGAACUACCGCCUGGCCAAGCGCUUGGUAUUCAACAAAGUAAGAAAGGCUCUGGGUCUGGAUCGCUGCGUCAGGUGCUACACGGGCGCGGCACCCAUCACCAAAGAUACGCUGGAGUUCUUCCUCAGCCUGGAUAUACCGCUGUUCGAGCUGUACGGCAUGAGUGAGAGUACCGGACCCCACAGCAUGUCUCAAUCUGAGGCCUUCAGACUCACCAGCUGCGGGAAGGUGAUCGGCGGCUGCAAGACCAAGAUCUUCAACCCUGACGCCGACGGGAACGGCGAGAUCUGCUUCUGGGGUCGCCACGUCUUCAUGGGCUACCUGAACAUGCCUGAGAAGACCCAGGAGGCUCUGGAUGAGGAUGGCUGGCUGCACUCGGGAGAUCUGGGCAAACACGACAAGAAGGACUUUCUGUACAUCACAGGACGCAUCAAAGAGCUGAUCAUCACCGCGGGAGGGGAGAACAUCCCACCGGUGCCCAUCGAGGAUGCGGUCAAGGAGGCUGUGCCCAUCAUCAGUAAUGCCAUGCUGAUCGGAGACAAGCUGAAGUUCCUGUCCAUGCUGAUCACCCUGAAGUCUCAGGUGAACAACGAGACCGGAGUCCCGGAGGACGAGCUGACCGAAGAGGCCGUGGAAUGGUGUAGGAAACUGGGCAGCACCUCCACGCGGGUGUCUGAGAUCUGCGGCGGGCGCGACCGCCUCGUCCACUCCGCCAUCCAGGACGGGAUCAACCGGGUGAACGAGAGCUCCAUGUCCAACGCUCAGCGCGUCCAGAAGUUCACCGUGCUGGAGCAGGACUUCUCCAUCGCUGGUGGAGAGCUCGGUCCCACCAUGAAGCUGAAGAGGCCGGUAGUGCAGAAGAUGUACAAAGAGCAAAUCGACAACUUCUACAAAGAGGUGGCGACUCCCAGCACCCCCGACAACCCGCCGCCUUCCAAAUGAGCUCCGGGAGUCUGAAAAGUGCAGAGACUCGGACGUGCAUACACACACACACACACACACACACCAGCAGUUCUUACGGUUUUCAAACACCCGACGCGUUUGCUUCCCCUGUCUCUGCGCUCAGUGUGUAGCGUUUGGACUUCCUAAAGCUUUCAGCUCGUUCCUUCUUCAGGUCAUCGGUGUCGUGGUUCUCAUGUUUAUGUUGUUUACAGUUUUUUAAAUGAGUUGCCUUUAUGAUCUACCCUUGUUAAACAGCUUUAUGGUUCAUGAUGCUCGUCGUUGAUGAUGAUUAUUUAUUUACGCGUCGUGGAGAUGAAGUUAGCAGGUCAGAUGAAGUACACGGCGAGUACAACAGGAAGGAUCCGUUCGCUGCGUUCGCUGAUGUUUACAUUUAAUUUAAAUCUCUCGCUUAUUUAUGGGGUCUGUUCAUGCCAAAGUAAGAAAGGAAACGGACGCAGUUGUGGACAGCUGUGACGGAAGCGCCUCUUGUUCUAUUAGAUGUAGGAUUCAGUCUCUGUACUCCUGCCAUCAGGCUCCACUCGCUCCUAAACGUCCCAGAAUAUACGGUGAAUGAAGUCUGUACCUGUGUGUAUGUAUAUGGGAAAGACAAAAGUAAAACGUAUAUGGACACUCCUGCUGGGAACUCUCUUUCUCUCUCUAUAGAUCCAGCAUGAUUGUAAUUUGUGCACCAUAUCAGAUCAGUGAAGUGGAACUCGGGUCCUCGACCCUUUCAAUUAUUUUGGGAUGCAUUGGGACGUCAAUUUCGAGCUCGUCCGGCAUCACCUGACCUCACAAAUGGCCACAAAUCCCCACAGGCACCUUUCGACUCUGUGUUAACGCCAGUUCUUUGUGGAAUGGGAUGUGCACCGAGUUCACGGUCGGUUGUCCAAAUGUGUACGAUGUGGCCAAGAGUAUUUGGACGCCUGACCGUGAGCUUGUCGGACGCUGUUAAAAUAGAGCGUAAGAGCUGGAAUAAGAGCCGCUCUUCUGAGAAGCUUCUCACUAGACUUUGUAGUGUGUGUGUGUGUGGGAAUUUGUGCCCGUUCAGUCGUAAGAUGACGGCAUUUGAGUGGGGCUGAGGUCAGGGCUCUGUGCAGGACACUGGAAGUUUUAUAGGGAUGCAGUCAUGCUGGAACAGUUAAGGGAAGGGCAAAGUUGGAAUCAUAAAAACUAGAAGUAGUCCUUAUAGAUCCAUAUAUGAAGAUGAUGCUGAGCAUAUAGAAUGCAUGUGUGAUCUAUAGAGACAAAUAAGUGGACCUGCAUAUACGUAUCACUUAUAUUUCUGUUCAUCCAGCCGUCUACCUGUCGUACUGAUUAACAGAUCUGUCAUGUAUGUGUAUAUAUAUAUAUAUAUAUAUAUAUAUAUAUAUAUAUUAGUGUAUAUACCCAGACCUGGAUCCAUAGAUGGCUGAUGAAUGAAUAGAUGACAGCGAAAGAGAUACACACGGUGUAUUUGCGUAGAACAUGGAACAUACGAUCCAUCUUUUCUUUUCGUCUGUGCUAUCAGAUUCCAGAAUCAUCUGAUACAGUACCGGUGUGUUUUCAGUAACCAAAUCUGCUCCUGCCAAACCAUUUAUGCAAAACGCCACGAUAGAAACCCUAUCAGAGCGUACAGAUGAGUUAAAGUUGCUCAACAGCUUCACUGAGUCUGAUUUAAACCUGUCGGAUUGAGUCUAAUCCAGUAGAAAUGUCUAUUAUAAUAAUAAUCAUUCAUAUGAAUUAAUAUUAACAUGACGGAGCAGGUCCCAGAUCAGGUGUUUCAUACCUGCAGCGUUGGGAGCGUGUUGAGCGCCGAUGAGCGAGUACAGAAACUGAAUUUGGAUUUGAAGUGUCCUGAAUGUGGGACUUAAACCCACGAUGAGAAACAUCAAGGACUGUCGAAUGAGCUUUGCACUAUUUCUUGCUAAUAUCACUCGCGUGGAUUCAUGGACUCGGCCUAAAACCAGAAGUCUGUCGGGUCUGAACCAUCGAGCCGCUCCACAUCAAGCCAUACGUCUUUUGUUUUGCUUUGAUCUGUUUGUUUUGCCUGGUUCCUGUAUCUAAAGUGUGUUUAAUAUGGCUGUGAAUCUGUGAAAUGAUGUAAAUAGGGGUUUUUUGUUUUGCAGCUCGUUUCUGUUCCUCUGAAGCUUCUGUGUGUGUGGAUCCAUGUUCGCAUGUGCAGCCCAUGAGAUGCCAGAGUGCCAUUUAAAUAUGAACUAUCGUAAUUAGAAGGAAGGAAUGAAGUGCUGAAUAGAAUGACAUGAAUUACAUUUACUGAGUUUUCUAUACGCACACAUGUUAAUUUAUAUAUUUGAGGGAAGAUGAUGAUGAUGAUGUAUUGUGGAGACUUGUACAGGAAUAAAAACACUGAAUGAAA